UUUAUAAUCCAAACACAUUCAUGAAUUUUAAACAGUUCUAAAAAAUGGAUUUAUUAAAACAUCUUAAAGGAAUAUUUAUAGAUACAUCUGAGGAAACAGAAUCAUUAGCUGAUUAUAUUGAUUUAUUGGUUGAGAGAAUUCAAAGCUCAUAUAGAAUAGAAGAUAAAAUUGAAGCAGUCAAAGCUCUUUCUAAUUUCGCUAAGAUAAGAAAAUUUAAAAUUGAUGUUGGUGCUAAAGCAAUUGAUCCCUUGUUAAACAUAUUGGAAAAUAAUCAAACUUCUAAUGAAUUAAUAACAUUGUCUCUUGAUUGCCUUAAACAUAUAGUAUCAAGUGAAGAUGAAAUUUUAUUAAAUGAUAUAGACAAAUCAGAUUUACCAAAUAUAAAGUCUGCUGUUAUAACAGAUGAAUUGAUAAAUUUUGAUAUUCAAUUUACUGAAAUAUUUUUAAAAAAUGUAAAAAAUCUGGCAAUCAUAUUAAAAUUAACAGAGGAAUAUGACUAUUCUGUCAGAUAUGCAGCUUUAUCAUUUUUUAAAAUUUUAUUAAUAAAUGCACCAAAAUUAGUUCAAACAUCUAUUCUUAAAAUUGAAAAUGGUCUAUCAAGGAUUUUAGAUCUUUUGGAUGAUUCUAGAGAGAUUAUUAGAAAUGAAGCUUUAACAUCAUUAGUCCACUUAUCACAAGAUGACAAAGAUCUUCAAAAAAUUAUUGCAUUUGAGAAUGGAUUUGAACACGUUUUAAGUAUCAUGAAAAUUGAGGAUUUUAGCAAUGGAGGCGUGAUAACGGGCGAUUGUUGUAAACUUUUACUCAAUUUGCUCAAAAACAAUAUAUCCAAUCAAACAUUGUUCCGGGAGCAGAACUACAUUCAAAACUUUGGUAUUCCAUUUUUGGAUUCAUUACAUCAAACCGAUCCAGACCGAGACUUUCAAAUUUCUCUGGUAGCGGAAAAUAAUUAUUUGAAUCCACAUACUGAUGGAGACGACUUGAACCCUCAAAAAGUUGCAAACACUUCGCUCAUUUUGAAGUUAAUCAAAUUAUUCGUCUCUCAAACACUAACGCCUUCCGCCCUCGUUUCAUCGCAGAAAUCGAUAACUAAAAGUAGUUUGCUGCAAAAAAUAACUGUCAACAUACUUAUGGCCAGUGGAAUUCCGUCCAACCUUUUGAUUCAAGCUAUAUACACGACUGCUCAAAUUAUUAGAGGAUGCCAAGAAGGCCAGGAAUUUUUUUCAAAUCUAAUGGCUCCCUCAAAUCCUCCUAAACCAUUUCUGGAUAUUUUGUUGACUUCCAUGUUAAACGAAGGAAAGCCUUUGAGGUUGCGAAGAUGCAUUCUUUACUUUUUCCAUUCAUACUUAUAUAAAAAUUCUGAGUUGCAAGCUGAAAUAUUAUCGUCUCUCUUAUCUACAACCAAAGUAAACACCGGUCGUAUCCUUAUACACGCCCUGCUUAACACCGAACAAGAAAAAGAAAUAAGCCGUAGCGCUAAAUGUAAUAACAUGAAUUGUUGGUUCGCAUCUCUAGCACUUUCCUAUACUAUUUCUAAUUCGGCAUCUAAUCAAAAUACAAAAAAUAUAAAAAGAGAUAAUCGGGAAAUUUUGCAAAAAGUUCGGCUAAAAGCUUUGAAUUCUUCCAACGAAAAUUUUCGAUCUGAAAAGAAUGAGAAAGAAAAUAAGGUUGAAAGUGUCGAAGUAGGUAAAGAAAUGGCCGAUAUUUCCCUGUUGCAAUGUUUGAUGGAUAAUCUUAAAAAGACCAAAAACCUCCACUCCAAAAUUGGAAUGUUAAUUUUUCUUUCUCAUUGGUUGGCUGGUUCUAGUGCAUGCGUAAAAGCUUUUUUGUCUGAUCCAUACGGUGCCAAAACAAUUAACGGAAACAUUACAUUUCUCACAGCCCAAAUCUCUUCAGAACACGAAGUCAAUGCUCCAACUCUUUCCCGAGCAGUACAAGGCCUCGCUGCUUUUGCAUUCGGGCUAUGCGUGUUGCAAGGAGAUGACCAGACCUCGAAAGAAAGCCAGGAAAAUCUGAAGGGUAUAGUCAACAAGAGACUGGGUUCAGAGAAUUACGUCAAUCAAUUGUGUCAGCUUAGGGAAUUCGAACGUAUAAUGACAGAUCAAAACAUAGAAAAAUGUUUAAACAACGUUUUAGCGAAAGAAAAUAUAGGCGACAACAUUGAAAAUCCUGAGACUUGUAUUAUUAUUAUUGAUCUAUGCGUGCUAGAUCAGGAAUUUAUGAAGAUUUUCAAUUUUUAUGAAACCUUUAUUCUCAAACAAUUCGAUAAUGCCAAUCUUAAAAAAGAUAACUAUAAGAUGGAUCAAAUAGAUUAUGUCACCAAGAAAUACGAAAAUACCAUUAAAGAAAAAGAUAGCUCUAUAGGCAACCUAAGCGAGAAAUGCGAAGAUUAUAAACGGCAAUUGGAAUAUUUGGCCUGUAAAUACGAAGAGCUUAAUUCACAAAUGAAAAACUUAACCCUUCAGCAAAAUCAGACUGUACUUUGUCAAAAUCAACCUCCUCCUCUUAAAAUAAUUCAAUUGCAACAACAUGUUCACCCACCUAUUCAAGCCUUUAACAACUCUGCCCCCCUUUCUUCGUCUCAUCCACUCGUUCCUUUCCAACAAACGACUAUGCAGCACCCACAACAGCAAACCUUUGGUUAUUACGACCAACAGCAACUAAGUCAGGCUCAACAAAACGGAGAUCUUUCUGCUAUGUAUUACCCCAACUAUCAAACUGGAGGAUAUCAGAAUUUUUACAUGAACGGGCUAUACUACGAUUCUAAUUUUAAGAAUUUCACUCUGACUACUGUUUGUGCGGACCAUAGCAAGGCUGGGGACGAUGCUGAUAUUGCGGCUAAUUUGGGAAAUGGUUUAAGCAAUAGCAUCGAUUUGAGCCAAUUGCAAGUCGGAUAUGAUAAGGAAUCUGUUACUGGCUUACAACAAGAGAAUGAACGCCUUAGGUGGGAAAAUCGUGAAUUACAAGAAACCUUGGUCAAACUGCAGAAAGAACAAGAGGGGUUUAUGAUUCUUAUGGAGGAUUACGAAAGAAAGCUUGAUGCUUAUAGCAAUCCUAAGGAUGAAAGUGUAGGUUCUUCUAUUCAACCUUUGGAUGUCAACAAUCAGGAAGAAGCCUUUGAAAUUUUAUGCCCUCCGAAAAGUCAAAACCAGCAUCAACAACCUUUAAAUCCUAUUUAACCAUUAUAAAUACGAUAUGCAAUUUUUAAGAUGUUUUUUAAGAAUCGAAAAAUUAAGUUUAUAAUUCACGAUAAAUUAUUAUUUUUUAUAUAGGUUUGUGUAACAAUUAUUACUCGCAAACACUUAAUGAAAAUUAAGAUUUCAUAAAUGACUAUCAUUAUGUUGAAAAUUAAUUAUAUUUUGUAAAAUCAAAAUAAUAUUUUUACUUUACAUCAAAAAACUUUCUCGUUUACCUUUUAUGUAUUGUGUAUAAAAUUAAGUUUUAUUUUACAUAUUCUUAUAAUAU